AAUUACAUUACUGAUUUCAGAUCAUCUUUCCCUGGUGUAAAGUGUGUGAAAACAGAAAGUGAAAGCUGAGAACUUAAUUUCAACUGCCGUAUACCCUACGGUCCUACCUAAUACCUAGUCACUAUAGUGUGAUAGCUGAAUAAAAUAUCAGUAUGCUACCUCGGUGUAGACCUUUUUUCUUUCAACAAACAACAUGUCAAUGCAGGAAGGAACUGUCUUCAACAACCCAGCAAUUUAUUGAAUUUAGAGGUGUGCUAUCUUCAGAAAGGGAAAGAAAUCGAACUGUUUCAUCAUUUUAUAACCAACCAGCAAUUGAUGCUGCUGCCUGCAAGGCAUCUAUGCGGCUCACACCAGCUACUAUACUAUACUCGGGGAAAAGCAAAGAUGGACGACAUGUCUUGAAAAGUGCCCAGUACCUACAAAGGGAGCUACCAAUACGCAUUGCUCACCGCAUCAAGGAUUUCAGGAACCUGCCGUUCAUUGUUGGAUCAAACCCUGUGAUUCUUGGCGUGCAUGAGCUCUACAUCCGUGCCUUUAAUAUCCUGAACUCAUUCAGGCCAAUACUCACAGAUGAAGAUGAACAAAAGUACUGCAUGAAACUGCAGGAAUUGUUGGAAGAUCACAAGGAUGUGGUGAGUAUGCUUGCUGAAGGCUUUCGAGAGUGUCGGCGACAUGUGACCAACCAAGAAGUGGUGGCAAGAUUCUUGGACACAACACUGACGUCUCGCCUCAGCAUACGUAUGCUGGCUCAACAUCACUUGGCUCUGCGAGAUGAUAAGCCUAACCACGUUGGGAUCAUCAACAUAUCGAUGCCAUUGAAAGACCUGAUAGAGCGCAACAGCAAGUUCGUGACGCGCAUGGCUGCACACAAGUACGGACGUGCUCCCACCAUCAAGAUGUCGGGGCAUGUUGAUGCCACCUUCCCUUACAUCGAGCUGCCACUAGAAUACAUCCUACCUGAGUUGCUGAAGAACGCUGUGCGAGCAACCAUCGAGAACCACUUGGAGGAUGAAGAACCACACUUGCCCCCCAUCCAUAUCACCAUUGCCUCCAAUGAGAUUGAUUUUGUUAUCAGAAUAAGUGACCGCGGCAAAGGUAUCCCACACCACCUCAUGCGCCGCGUGCUCGAGUACAACUUCACGACGGCGUCUUCGUUGAGCGAGUCUGGCGCGACCAGCACCGCAGCCGAGGCUGGUGAUGACGGCAGCUCUGCCUUCUCUGACAUGAUGGAGGCUGUCAAUCCCGGACCUGUGGGCGGCCCCAUGCAUGGGUUUGGUUUUGGUCUCCCCACGUCGCGGGCGUACGCGCAGUACAUGGGAGGCUCCCUGAAGGUGCAGACCAUGCAAGGCAUUGGCACGGACGUCUACUUGCGUCUCCGGCACAUCAACUCGCAGGGCGAGGCCUUCCGCAUUUAAGUGCUCUUCUUGCUGCUCGUCAACUCCAGAUUAUCAAGUUUUCUUGGAAAAUAAGAAUUUUUCUUUCAGAUGUUGUUUGCGGCUCUGAUAUGAUUAAUUGUAGGUAUUUGUCAUCAAAAAUCGUUGCUACUUACCCAAGAGAUAUCAUUACUUGCAGCCGACCCUCCAAAAUUUUAUUCUAUUUCGAGAUCUUACAGGAUCUCGCUAGAAAAUCACCGUGACUGUUCAUGGUAAAUCAUGCAUGAUUUGUAUGCUUUGCACGCCAAUCUGGCCAGUUAUAAAACAUUAGCGAGUCUCGUUAUUUCGUAGCUAUACAUGUCUUUACUAUUUUAAUUCAGUAAUGAAAGUUUAAUUAGGGUGCUAGCACAACAAUUAAUGAAUGCAGCCUGAUAGCCGUGCCAUUCGGUUGUCUCACUCACUUGAAAAAGAACAUAUUUACACUCGAUGUCUUCCGUCUAAGCAACGCACAGUGCAAGCCAAACGCGGAUGAGUAGUUGUAUGACAGAAAGUAUAGUAGAUCAGAAAAAAUUUCAAAUUUGAAGUCGUCUUUAUGUUUCACAAUAUGCUAGUGCUUAAUGUCUCGAUAAAUCUUUAGUUGCCUCCUGCUGUACUUAACUAUCAUAACACUGGUUGUUUAUCGAGAAUAAGGACUCUAAUUUAAAUUUCUGCAUUUAUUUUGAGAAAUGUUCAUUUGAAUCUAGUAUUCAAUGGAUCGAAUCUCACUUUGGCGCAUUUCUAAGUAGUUUGAAAUGCUAUAAAUACUUGCGUCAGUAUUUUAUUUAUGUGUUAACUCAUGCUGUUUACUGCGUGACAUUUUUUUUUUGACUCCUCUUUCUUGGCUAAGAAAGUUGUAGGCGGUCUGAGUGAGGCAGCAAUUUGGGCUGUCUUGUCGCGGACUAAUUAACUUUGCUACUUUUAUUUAGUGAUGAUAGUUUGCGCCGCUGUUGUUGCUCCUAUACUGCUAAAUUGCUUACUUCAAAAUAAUAAUGACAAUUGGAAUAGCAUUUUGGAUGAUAUAAUUAUUUAUAAAUAAUGUUGAAACAAAUUUGAUCUUAUAAUCGUCUUGUCUUAUUUUAAUUAAUUGAUGGAGUAAGUAAUAAUUUCGAGAGGAUUUUAGUUUAUUUAUAAUUUAUUACUGUGAUAUUUGGUUAUUCAAACUGUGGAUUCAAGUUGAUGCCGUAAAGCAGUUUUAAUCUGUGGUUUAAAAACUUUACUAUUAUUAAUUUGUUGCGAAAUAUGGAAAUUAAUUCCUUUGAUUUAUAUUGAUGCACCAACUGGACCAAGUCCUUUAUCUUGUAAUUCUUCUCAAGCGCUAUGCUAUAGACUAAUAUAAAAUUUUGUAAUAUAUACACUACAUUUGUACACGCAGCUUAGAUAUGUCUUUCUAUGAACAAACCUUAACUAUUAUUUGCAUUACAAAGAGCUCGCUCUCAUUUGCUUCGUCUUCUCUUGUUCUGCAGCGGAGAUGUGCUUGGUAUUGUUUUCUGUUCAGCGGCCGUGUUAUCAAAUAUUGUUAAGAGUUUGUGACUUCGUCAGCCAAUCACUGACGCCUCUUCAGGAAACCCCAACCAAUAACGGACAAGAAAUCGAGUGCUAUUUGUAGUCAAGCCGAGUUUUGUUAAAACGGCCCCAGUCCAUAAUUGUUGAUCCUCCGCGCAAAUUUUUUUGCCUAUGGGUAUCCCUGUUAAUUUUAUUCUAUUUUUAAUUUGUCACAGUCUUGAGGUACACAAUCUUGUCACCCAUGCAACGUUGCUAUGUUCAAUCGAUGUUGCUUAUCACGACUUCACUAACCAAUAAUUUGAGGAUCAAUAGAAUUAAAGGACCAUGUUUUACGACAGUUCAUUUACUGAAUCUGUCAGAAUUGUAACUCUAAUGGUUUUUUUCACGUACAAGACACGUAUGUUAGAAUGAGCUUGAACAGGUCACAUGAGAUGUUAAGGGACCAAGUUUACAGCUGUGCAGUCGCUGGACACUGACUCAGGUAAAUAUUAGUGACCACAACGUGUCGCAAUAAUACAAGCUGUGGUGCUCGCCUCUGGUGGACGUGGUGGUUAAUGACUAAACCAGUCAUUAUUAACCUCAUAGAAGCGAUCCCUGCCCUAGCAGAACUGGGGAUGCUAAAUCCUAUUAUUGCUGUUGAACAUCUUAGUUGUUAUAGCUUAUUUGUGUUUUGAAAUUCAAGAACUGUGAUUUUUAAUACAAAGUUGAAAUUUAUUGGAUAUUUCAUAUCCGACACCCUUCUUGAACACUCAAAUAGUGGCAUAUUAAUUCAUUAGUAUGUGCAUUACUUCAACACUUAAUUUGAUUUUAUAUUAUACCACUUAUGUAUACAUAGUGUGAUUAACCAGGUAGAUCAAUUGCUUGUGAUUACUUAACGAUUAGAAGUGCAAUGUGUAGGAUAGCUACGCAUUUUGUAGAACUGCAGAAGUUGGCCUUGAUUUUCCUAAGUAAAGUGACUGGCUGACGUUUAAGGAAGUAGCUUGGUUCUUCACUGGUCGUGUGAGCGAACUUGUUCCAAUUCUUUUGACGUGUCGCGAAGUCUCGCAAACUUGCAUUCGUACGGAUUUUUUCUGAACAAUUUUCAUUCGACAUAUUUUGCAUUUAGCUUUCUAUUUUUGCUUUAAGUUCGUUAUUCUGUCUCAAAGAUAUUCUCUCGUGACACGUAUUAGUUACGACGUUUUAAUGAUAUUUGGCGAUUAUAUUGCUAUUUAGUAAGUGUUUUUAUUUCAUGACUUAUUUUGUCGUUACACUUUUUAUGGUGUCGUGCAAUUUUAGAAAUCUAAUCGAGUUACGCUGCUGACGUUUUCGCCCCAGGCUUUUGAUGUUCCGAGGCUCUGCUUCUGUGUCACAAAUUUUAUGAGCCUGGCAUCAGAUUUCUUUUGAUGUUUAGUGAAUGUUGCUGCGGUGCGUAAAGUUGUAAGCUUUCUCAAGCGGUGGCGAGUGUUGAGUACGACGCGUGUGAGGGCACGGCCAGGCUUGUAAUAUUAGGACAAUGAAAGAAAGUUCGAAUUUGUUUCAUUUCCCCUUCAGUUUUAUAAUCAUUUCUACGGGCAAUAAUUUGAUCUAUAGUUUUUAGCUUAAGUUUAUUGAAGAAAUAAAUCGGUGUAUUAACAGAGAAUAUUAGGAUCAAAAUUUCGCUUGAUUCCGUAAUAUUGAAGUGCCUUAUUUGGUCGAAGUAAGGCAAUGCUUUAUAUUUUUCUUGUUCGAUGCCAAAUUUAAUUUGUGGGAAUGUAUACCAUUACUUCG